AUGUCACAGCGAGAAUUUAAAGGUUGGGAAACUGAAUUGAGCCCUGAAUGCUUCAAUCUACUUUCAAUUCUAACUUUCCGUCGGAGUAAAAGUGACUUCUCAUUCGAUAAGUCGAUCGAGCAUACUGCGAUAUCCACGUUUGCCUCGUAUGUUGCAAAAAUCUCAAAGGACGAAGAAUGGAUAAAGGCCGCUUCUACUCUCAGUGGAGCGUUGAAAGAAACGGAGGUAAACGAGGCUAUUAAACAAAAGGAAAUGGAGAUAGAACUGGCAACGGUACAAUUUGCUGCUGAUAAUUUCAAAACGGGAAACGAUGUACACAUGAUCCAGAACAGAUCACGAACAGAAUAUGUGUCGAACUUGCAUGCUCGCAAACGAUUACAUUCCGAGUUUUCAGAAUAUGAACAAAAUGAUGAAGGAUUGUCGGGGUUAUCAACACCGCCAAAUAAAAUCAGAAUCAGUAGCACGGACGUGGUAGAAACUGAUAAUUCAACAUAUAGUGACGAGUCCUCUCCUAUUCCCCUUACGGAUACUUCUUCGCAACAAUCUGAUACAAAUAUAAGAAAACUGGCAUCAUCUUUAACUGAAGUACAAAUAGCCAAAGUUCCGAAGCCAAGAAAAUACAUUGAUCGUGACAUUGCAAACGAAGUCCUAAAUAUGUAUCAGACGAGUGUCCUGCCGGGUGAAAAACUUAUGUUUAAUGGUGUAAAUAUAUUGGAUUCCGCGUUUUUAGAGAUGAAGCAGAUGAAGAAAACCGAAAUGGCAAAGAGUCCACUUAACAUUCGUGUCAUUAAUUUUCACAACCUCGAUUGUACGAGAUAUAUACCCCAUAACUACAUCAACUACAUCGCAGAUCAACUCCAGGACCAGAAUAGUGAGGCUGUCAAUUUCGCUUAUGGGAAAAAAAUCGAUAAAUUCAUUGUGGACUGUGAUGAACAGGUUCUGAACUAUCUGGAUAAAUUUUACGAAGUGGGUGAUUUGGAGACUUUAGGAAAGUGUUUGACUGAAAAUCAUAUAGAUAUUUCCACUGCAUCAAACGAUCUUAUCUAUGUUCAGAACCUAUUUCAUCACUUUUUCUUUCUGUUUAAGAACGACUUUUUAACUCAAAAUAUGUCAGAGUAUGAGUUUAACUCUUAUAUUUGGACGCCAUUAUUGAGGAACGCGUUUCUAGGAAAAAGUGAUCUUAAGCUAAACUAUGGGGAAUUGGCACCUAGAUCGUACGAAAAACUAAAAGGACUUUUAGACAUUGGUGGCCGUAGUGCACCAAAACUAGACGGAAAAGGCUUUCUUAAGUCUUUGGGAACCGAAAUCUUAGCUCAGGAGGACGGUGUCCUAGAUACGAGGGGUAAAAGAAAAGGCGACUUACAAAAAUUAGAAUAUUGUUCAAAAAUUAUAUUAACAGCUCUGUUUAUUGCGUUACCUUCUUCCGCUAAAGUCAGUGUUACAAACAUCGAGACAUAUAGCAUACAAUCGAACGGAUUUCGUUUGACAAUCUCGGCUUCAAAGUAUCUGUUCGAAGAUAUUAUUAUAACGAUGGACCUGCAAGAUGUGGAAGUUCCGAGGACUAUUAAGGGGUUUUCAAAUCUAGUAAUGGCCGUAAAAGUAAUCUUAUCUUGGAAGGCACGUACUAGAAGAAAUACGAUGGCGUUCUACGAAGCAUUAAAGAUAGGUCAUAAGCGUAUAACAAAUGGUGUUAAGUUUUCACCAAAAAAAAUAUCUUUAAGACAGGAUCAGGAUUCUGCAUCUAGUCUGUAA